CCUUAUCAUUCAUUUAUUUUACCGUUUACUGUUAUGCCAUCAUCUCGCGCGACAGCUGUAAAAAAUUAUGCUACUGCUACCUUCCUUCUCGUUUCUGAAUUAUUUACACCCGUAACUGAUAUGUACAGAAAUCACGCAAUUUUGAUAAAUAAAUUGAAUAAAGAUUUUAACUGAUAAAAAAAAUCUGUCUCUGAAUUUUUUAUCCUAUAUUUGGAAUGGGGGCCUGGAUUUCAUCUACAUUUACAGCGCGAUCCCCAAUGGAAGCUUUUUCUCUCAUUUUCCCCCAUUUUCUUUUUACCUGCGCAUGCAAAAGAAAAGCUACUUAGAGAAAGUACAAACCCCUAGAAGUGAGUCACUACUGACUACUCUCUGUUUCGUUUUAUUUUUUCUGUUUCUUGUGAUUCGCCGCCGGAAUCCAAGAAUUCCGGUUGUCUCCGGCAGCGGGUUGGCAGAUGCUGGGGUUGACUGGCUCUGCUUGAUCAGUCUCUGUUUUGGGUGUUUGUUGUUUCAGGGAAUAAUCAAAUUUGCGGCGGCGGCGGCCGGAGACUAGCCAGAGUCACCAUCAUUUUUAGCUGAUGAUGGCCGGAGAAUAGUUUCUCCGUUUUGAUAUAUCAAAGCCCAAUUCUGGACAACUGAAACAGGAUUUUUCUGACUUUAAGCAGCUAUGAAGAGGAGAACCAUUCAUCAGAAUCAACAUCCUUUUGAUGUUUAUCCUUUUGAGGUAUUUCGUGACGGAUCAUGGCAACCCGUAGAGCGCAUAAGAAUUCAGCAUGGGACCUUCGGGAUGCACAUUUUAGAUGAAGGGGACUUGAUUGAGGAGAACAUUUCAAUAUCAAACGUUAGAAUAAGGUCUAGGAAAGCCACUACUUCUGAUUGUGCUUGCUUUCUAAGGCCUGGGCUCGAUAUAUGUGUGUUUUCAACCCCACACGAAACACAAGAUUCUGAUUCGGAGGAAGACGCGGAUGAUAAAACAGAACCUGAACCUGUAUGGAUUGAUGCAAAAAUAAGAUCCAUAGAAAGGAAACCUCAUGGCUUUGGAUGUGACUGCCAGUUCCACAUUAGUGUGUACGUCACACAAGGUCCGCCUCCAAUUCUGAAGAAAACGCUAAGUAAAGAGGUCAAACUGGUCAAACUUCAGCAUGUUUCCAUUCUUCAGAAACUUGAGCUCAAACCUUAUGAAGACAAGCAUUACCGUUGGAGCUUCUCAGAAGACUGUAGUGCCCUGCUGCCGUUUAAGUUAUUCACUGGAAAGUUUUGCACCGAUCUCACAUGGCUCCUCGUCGCAUCCAUUCAUAAGGAAGCAACCUUUGAUGUCCGCUCGAUCCACAAUCGGCUUGUCUAUGAGGUCUUGAAGGAUGAAAAUGACAUUGACGCUCCAGAUUCAGCCUAUGAUUCGUAUGCCAUGAAUUUCAAAGUGGAAAAUGAUGUUUCCACCCCCGUUGUUGUACAGUUUGACCCUAACACAGCUGAGAGGAGACUGGAUGCGGCUGGCCCACUUGUUGUGUAUGACGAGUUGCGUCGGUCAAAGCGUAGAUUCGUACAGCCUGAACGGUACAUGGGGUGUGAUGAAUAUUUGACUGAAUUUGACAUUGAGGUUACCCGACUUGGGGGAGGAAAGAUGUAUAAAAGUGAAGUGGAAGAAGUACUACCAAUGGCCCUCUCAAUUCAAGCUGACCAUGCAAUGAAGACAGGUGAUCACGAUAAGUCUCUCUUGAAUAACCAAAACGAGUUGCAUGAAAAUGGGACGAAAUCCGGGACGAAGCGGGCCAGUGGUGACAAGUCAAACCUUGCAAUAGUUCCUCAUCACUCAUCUUCUAAGAAACAUUACACUGCUCGCAAAGACGAUAAUCUGCUUCAGUUUGAAGUUGACGACGAUAUAUCUGCAGAGAUCAAUGAAAUAGUGUCCAGAUAUAUUUACGUGAACGGUUCUUCCAACAUACAUAUGAACAGAUCUUCAUUCAAAUUGAUGAAAACGAAGCGCUGGGCUGGUCAAACGAAAGUCUCCAAGUUGAAAUUCAUGGGUCUGGAUCUUAAACAAGGCGGGACAGGUUCAAGAAAAAGAGGAUAUAAAAGACGGGAUAUCCCUCCUUCCGAGAGGGACAGUGUUUAUGACAUAAGAUCAUUUAGAAAAGGCUCCAUAAGUGCCAAUGUGUAUAGGGAAUUGAUUAGGAGGUGUAUGUCUAACAUCGAUGCGACCCUUAAUAAGGAACAGCCCCCAAUUAUGGAUCAGUGGAAAGAAUUUCAGUCAAACAAGUCAUGUCAGCGGGAGCGCCAUGAUAAAGAUUCUACGAAUCCAGAGGAAGAAUUGUCAGAACUUGAUAUGCUAUGGAAGGAAAUGGAACUUGCCUUGGCAUCAUGUUACCUUCUCGAUGACAACGAGGACACAAACUUAAGAACUGCAACUGAACAACAUAUGUCAACCAAAAAUGGAAGCAAAGUUUGUCAUCAUGAUUUUCGGCUCAACGAGCAGAUCGGAAUUAUUUGUAGACUAUGUGGAGUUGUGAGCACUGAAAUAAAGGACGUUCCCCCACCCUUUAUGCCUUCAACAAUCUCAGGUUCAGGGAAGGAUCAGAAACCUGAGGAAGACACAGAUCAAAAGCAGGAAGAUGACACUGCUGCUGAUCUUGAACACUUCACCAUCCCCCCCUCUUCCUCCAACAUACCUUCAUCCGAAGGGGAAGUGGAAGACAAUGUGUGGGCUUUAAUACCUGAUCAUAGAAACAAGCUGCGGCCCCACCAAAAAAGAGCAUUUCAAUUCCUUUGGCGAAACAUCGCGGGCUCCACUAUCCCAACCGAAAUAGACCCCGAGAGCAAGGAGAGAGGCGGCUGUGUCAUUUCCCAUACCCCGGGAGCUGGCAAAACUCUCCUCAUCAUUGCCUUCCUUGUCAGCUACCUGAAACUGUUCCCUGGGUCCCGGCCUCUAGUCCUCGCCCCAAAAACAACUCUGUACACUUGGUACAAGGAGAUAAUCAAGUGGAAGAUCCCGAUCCCGGUUUACCAAAUCCACGGUGGUCAAACUUACAAAGGAGAAGUGUUGAGACAGAAGAUGAAAUUGUGUCCCGGUCUGCCCAGAAACCAGGAUGUCAUGCAUGUCUUGGACUGUCUUGAAAAGAUGCAGAAGUGGCUCGACCACCCAAGCGUCCUCCUCAUGGGCUACACCUCGUUCUUGACUUUGACUCGCGAAGACUCAACCUAUGCACACAGGAAAUAUAUGAACCAGGUUUUACGGCAGUGUCCAGGGAUCGUCAUACUAGAUGAGGGACACAAUCCUAGGAGCACAAAGUCUAGGUUAAGGAAGGCAUUGAUGAAAGUCAACACGAAUCUUAGGAUUCUGUUGUCUGGAACGUUGUUUCAGAACAACUUUGGGGAGUAUUUCAACACUCUUUGCUUGGCGAGACCGAGGUUCGUUGACGAGGUGUUGAAGGAGCUUGACCCGAAGUACAAGGAGAAAGCAAAGGGUACAAAGAGUCGGUUUUCGUUAGAAAACCGAGCAAGAAAAAUGUUCAUUGAUAAAAUAUCUAAAAGGAUCGAUUCAGAUAAAGAGAAGGAAAGGAAAGAAGGGCUGAACAUACUGAAGAAACUCACUACGGGGUUCAUAGAUGUUUAUGAAGGUGGGAGCUCCGAUAACCUUCCCGGAUUACAAUGUUACACGUUGAUGAUGAAGUCAACGACCCUCCAGCAAGAGAUACUUGUGAAGCUACAAGACCAAAGGCCUAUAUACAAAGGGUUCCCGCUGGAAUUGGAGCUCCUCAUCACUCUAGGGGCGAUCCACCCUUGGUUGAUCAAAACCACGGCGUGUUCCGGUCAAUACUUUAAGCCAGAAGAGUUGGAGGCACUUGAGAAAUUCAAGUUUGACUUAAAAGUAGGGUCAAAGGUCAAAUUCGUCAUGAGCCUGAUCCCGCGUUGUCUACUCCGGAAAGAAAAAGUUUUGAUCUUUUGCCACAACAUCGCCCCAAUCACCCUCUUCUUGGAGAUAUUUGAGCGGUUCUACGGGUGGCGGAAAGGCGUGGAAGUUCUCGUCCUUCAAGGCGACAUCGAGCUUUUCGAGAGGGGCAGAAUUAUGGAUAGGUUUGAGGAGCCUGGAGGGGCGUCUAAGGUAAUGUUGGCGUCCAUCACCACUUGUGCAGAAGGGAUCAGCUUGACUGCUGCGUCACGGGUGAUCUUGUUGGAUUCUGAAUGGAAUCCGUCAAAGAGCAAACAGGCGAUUGCGAGGGCAUUCCGGCCCGGUCAGGACAAAGUCGUUUACGUCUAUCAACUCUUAGCUACUGGGACACUAGAAGAGGAGAAGUACAAGAGGACAACAUGGAAGGAAUGGGUUUCGAGUAUGAUAUUCAGUGAAGAUCUUGUGGAGGACCCGUCUCACUGGCAAGCCCCAAAGAUUGAGGACGAGCUACUCGGGGAGAUUGUGGAGGAGGAUCGGGCAACGUUGUUCCAUAUGAUUAUGAAGAAUGAGAAGGCUUCCAAUAUGGGAAGACUUCAAGUGUGAGAAUUGGGUUAUCAUAACCCGAUGAUCAUACAGGCGGCCAUGAUCAAGAAUUAAUUUUCUUGGUCAGAACCUCCAAGUUUAUGGUUGGACCCUUAAAUUGUUGUAUACCCUUGUUCUUGGUUUUAUUAAGCUCAAGUAAAAUCCCCAUUUCAAUAAACAGUUCAUGCAGUUCCUCCCCACCUCUGACAAACUGGAAACUGGUACGAGGAUGUUUUCUCUCUUUCUUUUCUGUUCUUUUUUUUCCUCUUUUUCCAUAUUAAACUAAAGGACGGUGGUUUUUCAUGUUAUAUGUAAUUCUGUAUUAUGUAAUCGAG